GUGACUACAACCUAGCGUUUAUUAUUUACCUCGAUCGUGAUCCUGUCUCAGUGAGUGUCAACGGAUGAGAAUUACCAAUUCCUUUAUUCGUACGUUCAUUUGAUUCAACUCUUUUACAAGGCCCUUACUGCAAAUGAGACGGCGAUUAAAACACUACGUUAUCUAUCUUCAGUUCGUGAUAUUCUUUGCUCAUUUGGUGGUCGUGCUCUGUGACUUGUGUUGUAUAUGUAAUGAAAUUGGGAAACGCGGAAAUUUGGUAAUUUUUAAAAAUAAUACGUGUGCUAUUGUGAUACUUUUAGUGGAAUACAGUCAAAUGUUUUAAAUAUAGUGUAUUUAAGGUUAUCUGGCGUUCCUUCGUUAAGUUGCAACACUUAAUUAAAAAAACAAAAAAAACGUGUUUAUCAAUUUGCAAUAAUUUCGGACAGCUAAUUAAGUCAUUUGCUGGGCUGGAGUGAUAAAAAUAUGUCCGAUGAAGCUCCUUGUGGUAAAUGUGGGAAAAGUGUUACCUACGACGAUCAGGGCGUUGGUUGUGAAGGAGUAUGUGGUCAAUGGUUCCACAUUACAUGUAUCGGCAUGGACAUAGACUUUUACAUGCAACUUGUUCGUAACGAAAAUGCCCUGUGGAAGUGUGAUGACUGUAUGCUGAGAAACUUUGGGAAGGAUAAACGUUCCUCCGGUGCCUACAAAAGAUGUUUGAACGGUGGCAGCAGCGGUGGUGAGCUCUUCUGUGAUAGGAAAGUCCAAGUGUCAGUUAAAGAAGAAGAGAGAGAUACUUCAGUGUCUUGGAAAGGAGAAGGGAAGAUGCCCAUAACAGAUCUGUUCAUAGCAGUGAAGAAAGAACGAGACCUCUUGUCAGAGAUGGAAAAAGUUGACGAAAGUAAAGGAAAGAACAUAACCGCAGAUCUUGUGCCGUACAUAAAGGUAGAACCUGAAGUCAGUUCUGACAUGAUAAAAAACUGUGAUAUCAAGACAGAAAAUGAUGUUAUUACAGUUGAAGAACAUGUUUUGUUUCAAGAAGAUACUGAAUUGUAUGCCAACCUGGCGGAUGUCCUGUCAUGUUUGAAAAAUAUAACGCCUGCUACUGAGGGUAAGUCGAAGUUAGAAACAACUGUGGACAGGGAUUCUCUUCUCAAAUCUCCCAGUAGUGUGGAUGUUGAAAUGGUAGAAAAUUUUUCCGCAUUAGAGUGCAAGGAAAAAAAUCUUGAAUCAAGGUUAUCGUAUUAUCAUGGCCGUAAUAAACACCAAAAAUAUGGGGAACAAAAUAAGUGUAAUAUUUGCGAUAAACAUUUUAAGAAAGCAUAUUCUUUAAAGCGACAUCAUUUAAAUGUUCAUUUAGGCUUAAAAAGUUACAGGUGCAGUAUGUGUUGUAGUUCUUUUACAACAAAGUUAGCUUCUAUGAAACACAUGUUGUCGGAACAUGAGGAUUCAUAUUUGUCGGAUGUGGCAAAGCUACGUUUAUCUGCAGAAGAGUACCACUGUUCACAAUGUGGAAAAAUUUUUUAUUGUCGAGGUACCAUGGUGAAUCAUAUUAGAGUACAUUCUGAAGACAGACCAUUUGCUUGUCAUUUGUGUAACAAAUAUUAUACAACCCGUAGCAAUUUAAAUGUUCACUUGGCUAGUCAUGGUGUACAUACGAGACUGAGUGAUGUGAGUUUGUAUCAAGUUGAAUGUGAUAGCUGCAAAAAACAAUUUUAUUGCAAAUCACAUUUACGGGACCACUUGAAGAGUUCAUGCUCACUUAAAUGUAACAGUUGUAAAAAGGUGUUUGAUAAACUCAUUCACUUUAGAAGACAUAUAAAAAUGUGUGCGUUUAAUUGGCCAGUAAGCUGCAGUGUCUGUGGUUGUGGUUUCUUAAGAAAGAACUCCCUAACACGAUACAUGCAAAAACAUGACCCAACAUUUUAUUAUGAGUGUGAAUAUUGUAAGAAACAUUUCAAACGGAGAAGUGUCCUGGUAUAUCAUCUUCAGCAAAAAUGUGUAUGACUCACAUAUCCUAAUCAUAGCGUUUUUUUUGUUCAUCUGCUAAACGUGUUUUUUUAUUAUACGUACACUUUUUUAAAAAAUUAGUAUCUUAUUACAUUGUUUAAUAUUUAAUAAUCUCAUGAUAAUUAACAUGCCAUUUGUCACAGUGCAUUGCUGCAUUGAUGGCUGCAAGAUGUGACAUAAUAUUUAUUAGUAGAAAUUUCCAUGAAAAUAAAAUUAUUUUGUAUUGCUUUGAAAUGUAACAAUUAGAAGCAUUUUGUUGGUAGAAAUUUUUUUUUUCCAUUAGUACUGUUCCAUACUGUAAAAGCAAGCUUUUAAGGUUAUUAAAUAUAUAUGUAUAUACACAUACAUGUGCACACACAAACACACACCAAAAUUAUGUAAAGUGUGAUUGUGUUUAACAAUAUGUUUGAAUUUGUAAUAAAUUUGUAUAUAAAAUGAUAUACAAAUAAAAAUUACCAUGCAGUUAUUUAAUCAAAAAUGUUUCUUAUGUUGUUUGUUCAUCAUUAAUUUUAAGUAGUAGUUUUUGUAGGUAUCAAUGCGAGUGGGAAAGUUUACAGUUCGGAAAAUUUUCCUUUUUCCCAUUACCAACUAGACAUACAUAAUUGGAGGAGAUAGGUAUAUACCAUGUCAUUCAAUAAUUUAUUUUCUGUAAACUGUUUAAACAAUAAUUUUUUGUUCCUAUCAGUUAGUAGAGGGUAUCAUGGGUCUUAGGGCGGUAUUCCAAGACGUUUUAGUAAGGUAGCAAAUAUGCACUGCCUUGUUGGGCAAUUGCUGUACCCUAACUCUUGGGUCAUAUUCCAAAACGUGUCCUAACUGAACCCCUGUAAGGUAUCAGAUCGGCAGCCGUUUUAAUAAACGAGGACUUGUGCGAGGCUAUAAACAGUUGUACUUCGUGGAAUCCAUCAAAAUUUUAGCUUAUUUUUUAAAACUAUGGAAUUAUAAUGUGAAAUAAAAUAUUUAAUUUUGGUUGUACAAGAAUAAACAGAGAAUUUUUGGCCGUAUUUAUGUUUGCUGUUUUUUUAGGAUAUUGGGGGGAGGGGGGGGGGAAAUGUAAUCGUAAAAGUUCCUUUAAAGUUCAUUAAAAAGGAAAAAAAUAUAUAUACAGUUAUGGAUAAAAUCGGCAACAGAUAGGACACCAAAAAUCAGUGCCCUAAAAAUAAGGGACUGGCCGUGUCCUAUCGUGCACUUGGAAUAUGGUUAGGGUACAGGUAUUGCAUAUUCAACACCUAAACCCUUAUUUUUGUCUCUUGGAAUACGGCCCUUAAUGCUGUUUGAGCAAAAUAUUUAUUGUGCUUAUUGGAUGACUACCACAGCUAAGUACAAGUUAUAAAAUAUAAUGGAGAUCAAAAUUCCUAAAGUGCUGGGAAUGUGUGCUGAGUAUUCUUAUUUAAAUAUUAGUUAACAAUUUAAACAGUCACAAUAAAAACCUUAGUAAAAAAUUAUUAUCUUUUUGUAACAGAACUAAAAAUAGUCCAUAUUUAUAAUCUGUAUAGUCCUUUUUAAAUGGUGAAAAUACAGACUUUUCAGUAUAGUUUUAUUGUUGACAGUUAUGGAUUCACUUUGUCUUUUCACUUGUAUGGCUGAUAGUUCUUAAAUAACAAAAAUACAAUUUAUGUAACUAUAAUGGUUUUAAAGAUUCAAAUAUAGUACAAGUCUAUUCCCCCCUCCCCCCACACACUAUUUACAGCCUUUUGAGAAUGAAAUACAUAGUAUCACAUUCUUCUUUUUUUAAAGAACAAAUGACUGUGCUUACUUACUCCAGUCACCAUUCUCAGCUUUUAUCUCAUCUUCACCAUAAUCAUGGUUGCUGUGAGAGAUAUUUUUCUGCUCUAGUUUGUCCUGCUGUUCAAAAAAGCACUGCAAGAAAUCCUUUUCAUUAGGAAUAUAGUCUUGCUGGCUCUUCAGAACUCUAAGUUUCGCAGACAUGAUGGCUACCAAUUUUUUUUUUAAACACUGAAAAUUCUAGGAUGUUCAACUUUGUGUGGUGUAAGAUUUGUAUAAUUCCAAAUCUGUGUGUGUGGUAUUGUAUUUAACCUCAAAUGGUUUGUCUGUAUCUAUUCUCAUCUCUCAUGCUAUGAUUCUAUUAUCUACAAUUUCAGCACAAAAAUAAACUCAGUAUGUACUGUCAAAAAUUCAACAAAGUAGACAGGAUAGCAGCCAUUUUAGUUAGUCAUGUGAUUGGAAGCAGCAUGCAUAUUGACUGGUUCUUACAAAGUAGUGAGGUCUAAAAUUCAUUUUAAUGUAAGUUAUUAGAAAUGGGUUCACAUUGCUUUCAAUGGCAAAUUUUGAAACCUUGUACAAGAAUAUAUUUUAAAAAUGUAUAAAAAUAAUAUUUGUCAAAUGGUUGCAAGUCCACUUAUUAAAACAAAUGGAAUGAUUGCGGAUUAUAUCACAGUGGUGUAAUUUGAUACAAUGUUGGUGUAGGUAAUGCCAUAACUGUAGUGCUAACGGAGGCCGCCUCUGUGUACCAGUUAAGUUGACAAUAGAAACCUCUGAUGAACUGCACUUGAUAGCUUCAGUAUGUAUUUACUUUUAACAUUUCAUCUAUUAUAUCAAAAAAGCACAAAAAAAUUUGUCUCGGAAAUGGUUUUUGUAGCACGCUGCAGUUGAAGAGAAUUAUUUGAAAAAAUUUUAACGAUAAAAUCAGUUCUAGUUUUUAAAAAUAUUCUUAUAUGAUAUUGAUUUAUAACAUGGUCUUAUGAUUAAAGUUUUGGUUCUUAGCACAUGAUUACUCAUUAAAAAGUUUAAAGGUUUUUUUUAAAUGAUCAUUUUUGUGAACAGGAGGUUCACUAAUACUUACAUUGGUUUCCAUUCAACUAAGAAUUUACAUUGUCAUAAAAAGAAUAGUAUGGCGUGAUAUAAUUUUGCUGGAUUGAAGGAUGCAAUAUUUGAAAUGUUUUAUGGAAAUAAUUUUCAUGAAAAAUAUGUGAUAUUACUAGGCCUGUGUGAAUAUUUGUAAUUUCAUAUCUGAUUUGAUUUUAAUUACAAUACUUUGAAAUAAUUAAUAUUAGAUUGUAUUUGACAUGCAAGGAAUCAUAUAUCUUUUGCCUUAUUUUUAUUUAAAGUUACCCUCUUGCCUUCCCCUGGAUAAGCCCUUUGAUGUGUACAGUAAACAGCAGAAUGACUGAAGUUCUGAUGGCAUAAUUACUUUAAUCUGGAAAUUUUCUGACAAAUUGAAAGCAACUGGACAGUAAGCAGUUUGCACACAAUAAAAAAAACUGAAGCUUACAUUUUUAUUUUUUA